AUGGAGGAAGCCGAGAGACAGCAGUACGAGAUCCAGUCCCAGGACCUGCGCGCCGAUCUGAAGCGCUGGGAGGGAGACUGGGCCAAGAAGAACGACGGCAAGAAGCCCAGCAGGACCGACAUCAAGCAGAACCCCAUAAUCGCCCAGAAGUACAAAAAGUACAACCAGGUUCGCGACAUCUUGGAUGGCAAGGUCCAACCACCAAAGAAGCACGACAAGUCGCGGAAGCGCAAGUCAGAGACCGACGCGGCACCCGUUCAGACUCCUUCCAAGCGAUCAAGACCUGCUGCCACGCCCUCCAAGGCCCAGCAACAUAUCGACAUCAUUGAUAGCUUCGAGACGCCGUCGAUUCGCCGACUGUUCAGCCCAGUUGUACCUACGUCAAUCGGGCCUACCCCCCAGCGGGAUGGUCGCGUACUGGGACUCUUCGAUCUGCUUGAGGAGAACGACGAGAAUACGCCUUCGCGCGCGCGGUAUGGAGACACCACCGUGUCGGAUCCGCAGGUGCACGCGACGCCUACUAAGCGAUCGUUUGCCGAGAUGGACCCCGAGAGCGCUGUCAAACUGGGGAGAACACCGCAGUCGGCAAGCAAGCGCGCCAUGCUCGACACCUUCAUGACGCCGCUGAAGAAGCGAGACCCCAACGUGCAGGGUGCCAGGACCCCCAGUACGACCAGCAAGCUGCAGUUCUCGACGCCCGCCUUCCUAAGGAGGGCUCCUUUGCCUCCCGUCGAUGAGGAUGGCAAAUACGUCUCGCCCAGGCCUCUCAGACUGCCGCGGAAGCCUCUUGUGCGUGGCCUCAGCAGCGUGGUGGCUAGUUUGCGGAAGAUGGAAGAGGAGAAGCUGGAUGAUGACCUGGAGGCACUGCGUGAGAUGGAGAAUGACGCUGAGCCGUCAGAGGCUCCCAAGGUUGUUCAGCCAAAGGCCAAGGAAGAUGUUCUGGUCCCCGACAGCCAAGCGCCACAACUUCUGGGUGGAUUUGACGACGAAGGCCGGUUUGACAGUGACCCCGAGGAACAACGGGGUCGUGACGGCCAGCCUCUCAGGGUCUUUAAGAAGAAAGGACAGAAGCGAACUACGAGAAAGGUCAACAUGCGGCCCACACGUGCAAGGCGGCCACAACAGUCCCUCGAAGACAUGCCAUCCGACAUCGAGGAGGAGACCUCAGACACUGUGCCGGAGACACAAUACGACUCUACGAAGAUUGGCGAUUCAGACACUGUGGAUCUUGGAUCUGGGUCAGACUUUUCAGGCUCUGACGGUGAGGGUGAGGAGGAGAAGCCCAAGAAGAAGACCAAGACGGCGAAGAAGACGGAAAAAGCUGUGAAGGUCACCAAGGACGAGAAGGAGAACCCGAUCAAGAAGGCGGCAAAGAAGGUGAAUGCCAUGGCACAUGCCAACUUCAAGCGGCUCAAGUUGCGCAACAACGGCGCAAAGGGUGGGCCUGGGUUCGGGAGCAGGUUCAGGAGACGAAGAUAA